CAAAAAUCGCACUCAUAAAAGCAUAGCUUUUAAAGUGCGUGCAUGAUCAGGCGGAGUAUCUAUCCAGCUAAGCUUCUAUUUUUCUUCGUACCAGGUGAUGAUUGAGGCCAACUACACUGCGCUUGUGAUGGGGAUUGUGGUGAUUGAAGGCAUAGGCCGUUCAUUAGACCCCUCUCUCGAUAUCAUUCGCCAGUCUCUACCCAUCCUGGCGUACCAGAAGAUUAUGCGCGACUUCACCGUGGGCAGGGUUAUGGAGGAGGAUGAUAUACAGGAGGCUUGGAGGUUGUACUUAACGAUACCAGAGUUGUAG